AUGUCUGUGAAAUCGGUCCCAUCAUCAGCAGCAUCGUCAGCGUCGUCUUCGUUGUCGUCGUGCAGUGAGAUAAGCAUCGAGGAACUGCACGCCCGCUCAUCACCAGACUUUUCGUCCGAAUUCACACUCGCCAACAUUAAGCAGGAGCCGCGUGCCGGCACCGUGUCCCCAAUUCUGACACCACCACACACACCCACGGAGGACAGUGUUGGUGGUCUGCACGCAUCACAGACGAUCAUCACGGCAUCGCCACCGCACCACCACCACUACCAACCGCAGCACCCGUCGGCCCACCAGCAGCACGCGGCAUCGCGACACAUUCCGCUGAACCACUACCAUCCCUAUCAGUACGAGAUGGAACGUUCGCGGACGACUGCCAUGCGUCAGCAGCAGCAGCAACAGUUUCUACAGCAGCAGCAGCAGCAUACCCCAACCGGCCAGGAUAUGGUGGUGGGAGCAUUCGUGCCCCAGCAAGCCCCGCAGACAAUCGUGAGUGCUGCACCGUCGACGAACCCGAUCGAGGCCGCAUUCCUGUACCAACAGCAGCAGCAACAGCAGCAGCAACAGCAACAGCAGCAACAUCAUCAGCAACAGCAUCAGCAGCAGCAGCAGCGUCUGUGGCAGCAGCAUCUGCAGCAAACCGGUUAUCAUCCGGCGGCAGCAGCGGCGGCCGCCGCGGCAGCCGCCACCCUGCCCGGUGCCUAUGCUCACCCGCAUGCCGCGCUCAUGCAGCACUGGAUUCGCAAUGCCGCCCUGUACCAGCAACGUUUGCAUCCGCAUGCACACGCCCACCCGCACGGACCCACCGUUGGGCAUCAUGCCCAUCAUCCCUACCCGAUGCUGGGAGGCGGUCGACCCGGUCUGAAGCUUCCCGGCCAACAUCACGGCGGCCCGGGCAGUGGUGGUAGUUCGCGACCGAAGAAACAGUUCAUCUGCAAGUACUGCAACCGGCAGUUCACCAAAUCGUACAACCUGCUCAUCCACGAGCGCACGCACACGGACGAACGGCCCUACUCGUGUGACAUCUGCGGCAAGGCAUUCCGGCGGCAGGAUCAUCUGCGCGAUCACCGGUACAUCCACUCGAAGGAGAAACCCUUCAAGUGUUCGGAUUGCGGCAAGGGCUUCUGCCAAUCGCGCACCCUCGCCGUGCACAAGGUGACCCACCUGGAGGAGGCACCGCACAAGUGCACGAUCUGCAACCGAACGUUCAACCAGCGGGCGAACCUGAAGACGCACAUGCAAAGCCACAGCUCACCGCAGGGUAGCGGGACCGGCCAUGCGCUGGGCGGCUCCAUCGAACCGUUGCUGAACGGUCCGGCGUUGGAUCUGUCGCAGAAGUCAUCCUCCUCGUCGACCGAGGAGAAGGACAUCAUCGUGGACGAAGACUUUGACGACGAGGAGGAGGAAAUCGAAGAGGAGGAAGAUGUGGAGGAGGGCGAGAUGGAAGGCGAGGAAGAGGAACACCUCGACCUGGAGGGUGACGGUGAUGGGAUCGGUGUCGAUGUGCGGCAGAUGCUGCUGCUGGAGCAUGCGAGUAGCACCGGCACGGCAUUGCAUACACCCAGGCGUAACCAAACAACCACUGUCACCACGAUGACUACGUCAGCAGGGCCGACAACAGUGACCCCAAAGCGAUCGCUCGGUUUCUCCAUCGACGAGAUCAUGCAGCGAUAGAGUGUAUGGGAAGCAAAAAAGAGGCUAAAGCGAUAGAGGGAGAGAUAGAGAGAUAGAGAGAGAGAGAGAGCGACAGAGAGUUGUUGUUGAUGUUCCUUACCGUCGUAGUCCGCGUGCACAAAGUUUAGGUUAUGUUUUAUAGGGUCUUUGAUGGGAGUGAGGUUCAUCGAUUCACCGGAGCGGUGUUGCACGAUCACCCGGUUGCAGGAUAUUAACGCAUACCAUACCCGCCAUAGUUAAGCCAAAACGAGCCAGAAAUCCCACACUGCACAGCAUCCAGUACGCAAAAGGGUGUGCCGAAGAACAGGCCCAGAAGUAAUUGCGCUGCGCACAGCACAACACAGGCGAAAGUGAGGGAAGCGAAAGGAGAACGAAAAAAAAAAACAGAUGAAGGGAUGAAUCGUGUACAUAACCAAAGAGACGAGAAUUAUGAUGAUGAUCGAUAGGAGAGAAGAGCGAUAAAGAAGGUCCACGAGGAAAAAAAAGGCGAGAAAGAGCUUAAGCGAACCUUUCCCAAAUCCACUCCGAUUCAAUUCCAACUCCUAGGGGUGUAUGCAACAGUUAGAGCAAUUUAACAGGUUAUAGCAGCACGGUACACAAUACGGAAACAGAUAGGGAGAAUGGGAAAGGUAUCUAUUAUUUUACAAUCGAACCACGUCACGUCUGUGCGUUUCUCUAAAUGGCGCGCACGGUUCUGCGUUUCCAGCCCCCAUUUUGCCGGCAAUCUGGGAUAAUGUUUACAAAGACUGAUAUUUGUUUUUAUUACUUACUAAUUAUUGCCGAGAGCCCUAUGGCUCGGUGGGACAAUUGAUAGUGUAACGCUAAGGUUAGUGUAGUAAAGCACAGUCGAGCACCUUACCCGUAUUGCGUGCUGUUGUGUCCCUUGGGACAAUUUAUUGAUGUGGCGCAGGUACCAAAGUGUGACCCAAUGGUCUGGCAGAAAUCGUACGGGCGGGCCAAAGCCAAAACAAUCGAUAAGCGGGGUAGGGCAGGACGGUAGUGGACGAACGCGUUUGCGUUAGAACCGGAUAAGUAUUUUCUUUACUGAUCUCAAGCUGGGCGGGAGUUCCCUCGGGAUGUGGCAUGUGGAAACGCCACCAUCAAAACAGAAAGCGAUAAAUAAUCGUCCAACUAGCACGUUAGCUGGCAGGAUUAGGAGAGUCUUCUCCUGAUAAAUGACAUACAAAAAUAGCACCGUAUGAACACAGAACGAAUUGGACAGUGGACAGACCAUUUACUCCGAUAGAUAGU